CAAAGAGAACAAAAACGCAACUUGACUUUUUUUAAUUUUUUUAUUUAUGUAAUUAUGUCAGGUGUAAUAUUGAACUAUAGAGAUUAUCAAGUGCUAUUCUUGUGCAGAAUAGUAACGACAACAGAGCAGCACACCUAUUUCUUUCUUUUCGCGAUUUUUAGCGAGGAUUGUUUUUGCAGUCUGGUGACUAUGUGUCGGUCAAGCUGAAGCAGACAGCACGUUAUGCUCCGGCCGGUUUUCUCGGCAUGUGAAGUAUAGCUGUCAUGAAAAUUGUGUCUGACGCCAAAAAGAGCCCGUCCUUGCACUGAAAAGAGACGCGUCUGCGAGAUCUCCUGAACGAACCCUCUAGGACAAUGCGUCCGGCGUGUUGUUAUUUUAUGGCUGCUACGGCCACAAUUGCUGCUUACUACUUGCCCGAGGUGUGCGGCCAGAAGCCUUACGACGUGCGGCUACCAGAGGAACACAUGGGCAUGUUCUUUCACAACAGCCCUGAAGCUGCGCGCAGCUGUCGGGAGGAACCUGCCUGCCCGCACAAGCAUUUCAUCAAUGCGAAAACCUGCUGGGGAUACGAGCCUGGCUGCUUGCCACAACACAGAUACUGUCUUGCCGCCUGUCCUGAGGGUUCAGCUGGGUGGGCAUCAAACAAACAGCAGCAAGAGCAGCUUUUCUUCAACCAGGGUGACUUUGGCUUCAUCCACGAACGUAAGAAGACUCUCGGCAUUCUCUGUCGGCCGCACAAACCGGGUGCUUCAUUGCUGGAAUGUGUCCGUCACAUGGAACUCUGUCGGGCCAAGAACAUACGUCUGGACUUCCAACGCUUGCUGAGCAUGACUGGGCUUGUCAAGUACCGAGAGGACAUCCUGGGCCCUGGCCUUGUUGGCGGCUACUGUCGGCUCGACAAAGACUCUCUGCACCUUGAAGGGGACCACAAGAGCCCUUUACAAUCAUGGUACGCUGAACUGGAGCACUUUGAAGAGUUCAAAGAGCUGCCUUUCGAGGAAAGUGGCUGUGAUGUUAUCCUGGGUCGGCCAACGGUCAUCAUGAAGCUCGAUGCCACUGUGAACAUGUACCACCACUUCUGCGACUUCCUCAACCUCUACCUGACCAUGCACUUCAACAAUAGCCUCGCUGGGGAUUUCGACAUCCUCAUCUGGGACACGCUCCCUUACAAGGGCACGUUCCUGCCAAUGUGGUCAGCAUUCCAUUCGGGAAAGCUGAGAAGCCUGUCUGAGUUUCGAGGAAAGAAGGUGUGUCUGCGAGAGGCACUGUUUGCCUUCCUGCCACGCAUGAUCUUUGGCAUGUACUACAACCUGCCUCUGGUUCCUGGCUGUCAUUCAAGUGGGGUGUUCAAAGCCUUCAAUCGCCACGUGCUGCACAAGCUUGAUGUUAAAGUGCUCCCACCGGAAGAUUAUGUACGUGUUACGCUGCUAUCUAGGGGAACUAAGCACCGUCGCAUUCUAAAUGAAGACGAGCUGCUUGCAGCAGCUAGGAAGCUUCCAGAUGCAUCUGUGCAGAGGGUCCACUUCAACCAUGCAACUGACUUUCGUCACCAAAUUGAGAUAAUGGCAAACACUGAUGUGCUCAUCGGAAUGCAUGGUGCUGGUUUGACACAUGUGCUGUUCCAGCCAGACUGGGCCGUCCUUUUCGAGAUCUACAACUGUGACGACCCAGUGUGCUACAAGGACUUGGCACGACUGCGCGGCGUCAAGUAUCUCACGUGGGAAAACACCACAAAACUUCGCCCUGAAGAUGAGGGCCACCACCCAACACUUGGAGCACAUGCCAAGUUCACGAACUACCACUUCAAUGUCAACGAGUUUCUUCGACUUCUCGGCAUGGCCAUCGACCAUGUCAAGGAAGCACGCCCCCAGGCUGUCACCGAUAAGCUGAGCACCAAAGGGGCACAGCCCACAGCAGGUCAUCAGGAAUUGUAAUACUGUAUGCAGAUGUUGCAUUCUGCACUCAUUCAUUUCAUUUUCCAUUCUUCUUUGCUUAUCAUCCUUUACACCGAGCUGUGAAUACCAGGAAUAAUAUGAAAAUGGGUCAGAAGAUUGCAAAAAUAAAUGGAUCCUUGCAGAAUGACAAAUCGGUUCUGCAGAAAGUUGGAGGAUAAUUCAUAAAAGGAAAAAAUUGUCAGGUACCCCAGACUACAAAGGAAAGAGUUUUCUCAGAAAGAAAGCUUUGCAGUUUGAGAAAUUCAUCCAGGUCUAGAGAUCUAAUCCAUGGCCAAUGCCCUUUCUGUGACGUCUUUCCAUGAAACUCCUGUGGGAUUUCUUUGUAGCUUUCUGCUACACUCAGGUAGAUCUUACGUCAUUGCAGAAUACGUCCCUGAUGUCGCAUUCGAAAAUUGUUUCAUCUUUAGCAACUAUUUGGCAUGAAUGGCACCAUUACACUCUUUUUGCCUUCCUUUCGGCCGGUGCCUCCCAUUCGCAUAAGCAGUUCUUGCAUUUUGAAUGGUGAGCCCAACCCGAUGAGCAUGAAAGGUCCCGCGUGUUGCCCCUCAGGUGGAAUACCUGUGGCCCAAGACUUGGAAGCACACACUCUUCAAUAUUUCGAAAAUACUGUAUGGCAAUAGAGCUACGUUUCCCUAGGGAAAUGCACAAGCAGUUAGGGCAGUCUGUGAUCGGACAAGCCGAUCACAGUACGGUUAAUUCUGCGAUGAAGCAGCUGCUACUGUUUGUUCUGUUGAUCCUUUUGGUGAUAUCGGCAUUGUAAUGAUUUAAUUGGUGUUUCUAUAUGUGUGCAUGUAUGCUUAUCUGUGAUUACAGACACUCACUCAAGGUGGAUGUGUAACUUAUUUUGUGGCACAAACAAAUUAGCGCUCACUGCUUCCAUGAGGCCUUCCUAAGCCCAUUCCUGAUUGGCUUUGUUGGCAUGACAACAUCCAGUGUAUUAAGCCUAACAUGGCCAACAAAUGUUGACUUGUUACCACGAGGUCAAGCCGGUAUCAGCAGUGCAACUGUUGAGGUGAGCAGUGAACUAAACAUCUAAAAAAAUAGAUCUAAAUAGAGCAGCAAUUUAUUGAUAUUUCGUGGCUGUGCAACCAUUCAUACUGCGCGACAUGCAAGGCAGCUUCUGGAGAAACAUGGAUCUCUGCAUGUUUAGGAGAUCUCGCAUUUAUUUCUCAAUCUAGCAUUUCCCAGUUUUCAAUACUGCUCUGACCUUGGCAACUAAGUGGGAGAUUAAUUUCACCAGCUUGUUCACAUGUGUUUAGGCUGAAAACCUGAGCCUAGCAAGGCGUAAACACACCCAAGCAGAAAUCAUUCUAUUAAUGCCAUACUCUCAUCUCUUGAGAUGUCCUGAAUGCUCUCAUAAAAUGUUGUCUUUGGCAUCAUGCUGACAGACGCAGGAAUGAGGCACUAACAAGCAGUGCACCAAAUUGUGUUUGCAGUACUGCAUUUUCACUCUUCUCUGAGAAAAGAUGCAUGAAAUGUUUCAUUUUUAUUUUCUCGUACGCUAGAAAGCUUUAUGGUAUCUUCGGCUGGUGGUUUUUGAACAUUGCAAAGCAGUCUGAAAUGUGGCCCUAUGUUUAGGUGGUUACAGAGGGAUGAGAGUGCAUUUGGCUGGUUGCACCCUCAUACUCCGCUCCAAGAGAAAGCGCUCCUGGAGCACUUCAGAUUUUCUUCACAACAUUACCUAGGUUCAGUUUGAUUGCAUUUGCAAUUUUCCAAUUACAAUGACCCCGCUGAAACUGGAAUAUUGAAAGUUCAUUAAUUAACUUUUUGUUCAUUAGGAACUAAUUACCGCCUAUCACCUGUCAACCCGUGAUCACGACCACUGACGGCAUGUCUCAGAAGGAACUGUCCUUUUGAAGAGUUAACUGCUGGGCUAGUUGGUGAUCUUGCAUACUGAAAAGAUUUUGUGCCAAAAAACAACACACACAAGAAAGACGACGACACCAUGGGCGCUACUUCAACUGUUUAAGGAGGGUGAAAGCACUCUACCUAUAUAGCCCUCGAAAACACCACGCAUGCGUACAAGGCAACAUGGAGUACAAGGUUUUAUCAGAGUAGGCGCGACAGAAACUUCAGCUCAGCCUCGUAAAGAAAAACCGCCCGUGGUGUCGUCGUCUUUCUUGUGUGUGUUGUUUUUUGGCGCAAAAUCUUUUCAGAACUGUCCUUUCAUUUGAAAAUGGCUAUCUUUAAAUAUUACUUAAAGGUCUCCGUAGAAAUGGCCACUAUAUAAUGUGCACAUGCAACUCGCAUGUAGCCCAUGCAAAUAAUGGCACGCUGUGACACUCAAUUCUUCAUAAAAAUAAUGUGGCACAAUUGUCAGCACACCAUAGUUUUAGAAGCAACUGUGUAUAUUGAUUAUGCAAAUAUGAGGCGAGGCGUGCAGGCAGGACACAAGAGUAGAGAAGUGGACAACGACAAUAUUGUGUGCUCGGUCACCACAACUUUCCCUGCUGUUCCUUGUCGAAGACUUCAGACCAGUACACUCCGAAGCAUACCGUGGUAAAGCCCCUCCCAAAGGAAGAAUUGCCCUCACUUCCACUUUACGAAGUUGUUACUUGAAUUCUUGGUACAGGUACCACAUGCAAAACAUGGCAAUUUGCAUCAGAUGCAGUACUGUAUGCUUGUUUUGUUAAUGGCAUGCUAGAAUGUAUUAUUUCAGAGAAUGUUGCCUUUAAACAGUCAGCAGCCUUGAAAAAGGCUCUGCCACUUCAAGGCUGAACUGCAGGAUAACUACACUGCAUAAGUCACCAGGUCAUCAAGAUGGUGGAUGCAAACAACACAAACAUCGUGGCAUUCCUCACUGACGGUACCAUGAGAACCAUGUAUACUUUACAUUUCAAUUGUUCUAUGUGUUCUUGGUAGAAGGGCACAUUCCUAUGAUUGUGGGUGCUUGAUUCAAAUGUAAUGGUAUGCGUGAAACGGAAGAAAGAGUGUGCACUGAAGUAUUGCUGCUUGCUAAAGGUGGUUCUGUUGGGGAGACCAGCCAAUCUGUGUCUUGCUGCUACAGUGCUUCUUAGGAAAGUUUUAAUGCCUGAGAAUGGUUCAGUAGGCAAUAUACAGUGACAUUUAACGACAAUAGAGUUACGUGCUUUAACAUGUUUGUCCACUGCCUUUGUAGGUUUUAUGUGAUGCAUCCUAGCACAUUUAGCGCACUGUUAAAUUUGUAACCUAUUAUUCUUAGGUGCUUUUAUUGUGUUUGCUAUGGGGGCCACUCCUUGAGGCACAGAAUUGAAGUUUCUGCCACAGUGUCGUCAGAGUAUGAUUUGCUGAUAGUACAUGGGGCACGUCCAUCACAGGCAUGCCCUACGUACCACUGUACCCUCAAGUUGGAACCUUGCUUAACCCUUUGAGGGUCGAUGACAUAAACAUACGGCGCUGCGAACAAGUCCAAAAUGGUCGAUGUCGUAUAUUUACGGCGCCGUCUGUACGUUUUGAAAGCAUGCCAAUAUCCUAACUUUUUCUUUUCUAUCAUGUGCUGCCACUAUGUGGGAAUACAGGGAAUUUUUUUCAUGCGCCUCCCUCUCUCAGUUUUCAUGGCAUGGUUUGUUUUAGCGCUAGUUUGCUCCCGCACGUCUAUAUACUACCGCUCAUGCACUGGCACGCGCGCAAGUGGCCGGCGGUUUGGGUUUUGUUCCUCGGGCGUUUCAGCUUCUUGCGCUUGCAAAACUGAUGGCUAUCUCAUUACUGAUCGCUCAGGGGGUGACCGUUUGUUUCCCGCUCGUUUAGUGCUCACAGGGGUACACAUAGGAAGGAUGCCGCCGUGCACGCUUUCCGUUGCUCUUUUUUUUUUCUUUUUUUUUUUUGGAGACUCACGCAAACUAAUUGCCUCUGGUUGGAGACAAGAUGAAGAUUAGUGGUAGUUUGUCACACAUUUAGCUUUUUUGACGGGCACACAACCACGCAGUUUUCUUGAGUGCAUGCACCUGUGCAGUUCAAUUAUGCUAUGGAUGUGCAAUUAGUGUAAGAGCAGGAACAUUUGAGUCUUGCGAAAUAUUCUCGUGUGCGCAUUUUCAAAGCCUUGAACUAUAACAAUGCACCAAACUUAUAAUUUUUAUAAGUUUAUUUGCUUUUUUAUGGUUGUUAUUCAUGAAUGAAGACUACAUAUAUACCAACGCAAAUUUUUUUUUUUUUUUCUUUACGGUCACCCUAAAAAAAAUUACGGUAAAUUUUUUUCGAAAUAAGUCCCUAAGAAAAAUUGGAAUCUGCAAUAAGAAAAUCGACCCUGGGCGGUCGCAUGUGGCAAAAAGAAUCGACCCUCAAAGGAUUAAGUGUGGUUUUAGGAACAGAUCAGGACUGUAAUAGAAGUGAAAGUUGGGCAACUUGGCACUUAUUCAGUGUUUUAAACUGCAGGUGAGCCCUAAUGAAGGAUGCCGGCAAGUUAACAAACAAGCACUGGCUUGCAACUCAGUUUAUUUUUGGAAAAGAUGGUCUUUGACUUUUGAGCGCUGCAGUUUUAAAAUGAAGACAAGCACUGAUAACUAAACUGCUUUGUAUUGCACUUUUAGGUGUGAAAUACUGUGCCUUGAAUUGUGUUAUCCAUUGUGCCUUCACUUACAAUGUGCACAAUGUCCCUGUGUGCAACAUACUAUAUCAGAAGGAAAAGCUAGGCCACUAUUGGUGGUAGUGUUGGCAGUUUUGCAGGCAACCUGCAGCUGGCAUUUUACCUUUCACAUGUCCUAGGGUUAUGAGACAGAAAUUGCGACAAGGGAACAAGAUGGGGACACAAACAAAGCCUCAAAGGUCUUGCUGCUUUACUGAUCACUAUUAGCACUUCUUGACCUUUGUAUAUUCAAGUUUUAUUUGUUGCUCAUUUUCUUACAUCUUUUUUUUUUCUUCAAAUCAUUUGAAUCACCUCUAGCUAAUAUAGCAAACUCUGCAUCUAGCAGAGCUGACAUCUUCAGCUUGCAUUAGGUAUUCUCUCUUUAUCAACAUCACCUGUGUCAUGUUUUAGGCAGAAUGCAGUAAACAGAGCCUGGUUAUGACUGAAGUUCCAACGCACACUGACAGUCACAGAAACGGACACUAGAAACACACUGUGGUGUCCGGUGUCCUGUUCUCACAUUUGGUCGUGUUAUUUGUGUGUGCAUUUUAAUUCUAACACUGCUGCACAGACCAGCCCAACUCUCUGCUCUUGCGAAAACUGCUGGCUGACGGCGGUAGUGGUGUUGAUUUUUAUGCAUUGUGGACCCUUUGGCUCAUGAAAAGGUCACUCAGAGACUGCCCUUCACAAUGCUGUUAGUAUUUGCUUAGACUAAGUGUGCACAGGAGAAGGCAUGGUAAUCUAAGGCCACAGACAUUAAAAAUGGCCCUUGGCCAGACUGGCACACUUGUGGCAGUGAUAGCCAGGAAGUCUGUUUCACAGAGCAUCAGGUUAAUAAAAUGUUUGCCUGCCACACAUGAACAAUUAUCUCCAUAAUCACACUCUUUCUCACCUGUCUAUCCCCUCGCAAAACAAUGUGGCUUUGUUGCAUUUGCUUCAGAUAAUGACUGUCUUAUCAGCGUCACAAAAAUUUUUGCUGCAGCACACGAGCAAUUUGCUCGAGAUAAUGAAUUCUGCUUUUUCUUUUCUAUUCCAACUUUCUCACCUUUUCAUCAAAUUUGUGCAAUCUAUUUGAUAUCAAACCUGGCUUAUCACCUCGUGCAUCCGUUAUGGCCUGGAAUGUCAACUGCAUGAGGGAGUGGUGCUUUUUCUGAUCCGACUUCGUGGCUGUCUUCUGGACGCACUUGGCAUAUCAGAUUCAGAGGUUUGAUGCCAGCUCAAGUGCCUUUCCUUUGCUUUCUGGAAACAUUUUCCUGUUCUUAAGACGACAUGACAAUGGUUGCUGUUGGGGAGGCUGGCAACAAUGGCUUGCAACAAUGCCGCAGGUGUAGCUGGAAAGUUCAUAUAAUAGCUAUCAUUGUAAAUCGCAUGAUAUGCUACCACCAAUGAAACUGAGGAAAGUGAAAUUCAUUAUGCAGAAAGGUGAGGCGUUCAGACAGGACACAAGAGAAGUGGACAACACAAAAGUGAGUUUAUUUAUUUUCAACGAAAAGAGGGCGCCAAGACAAAAGGCAAGAGCCUGACAAGGUCCUGGUCACGCGUAACACAGCUGGCAUUGUGCACUAGCACUUCACAACAAAUUCACAAUGAAUUUCUCAAGCGUUGUAAAAAGCAUGACGCAGUAAGUUAACAUGCAUGAGAUUUGUACUAGAAAAGAAUAAAUUGCAUACACAACUUAUCGUGUGAGUGGUAUAAAGAUACAUAAUUUUUUUAUAAACAUAGAAAUUUCAGUGCCAAAACACAGAAACAAUAACACAGCUUGCAACAUGUGCGUUAGAGAAAAAACAUUUGAAAGGUAGUAAAAUAAAUACAAAUUCCUUCGACUAAAGAAAUAUCUCAUUCCGUUUGUUCCAAUAGGUAUUUUUGAUUGGUAGAUUUAAAACGUUUUUGUGGGAGGUAAUAUUCACUUUCAAAGACAAAUUGAUUUAUUAUCGUGGGAAUUUGGUAGUUUCGUGUUUGCUUGCCAUAACUGGUUUGUGUGAUUGGAACUAGCUUAUGUUUCGUCCGAAAAGCAUAUCGGCUGCUGGAAUUAUCUGGACAAGAAAAGAACAAUUUACGACGAUGGAUGUACUUAAGUAGACAGAAAGCGCAGGGUAAAUUAUUUGUUUUUGUUAAUGGAAACGUAGAAAUGUUAAAGUAAAGAGAGAAUUAAAGUAGACGAAAAAUCAACUUGUCAUAGAUGGGAUCCGAACCCAUGUCUUCGCAUUACGCAUGUAAUGCUCUUACCAAUUGAGAUACUGCAGUGCCGUCUUCUCAUCCACUUUAUGGUGCCUUAUAUGUGCACUGAUCACCUAGCCCUGGAAGUGUUAGCCAGCACCACAACUAAGACCAGGGUGGCAGAUGUGGAGCAUCCUUUCUGCUAGAGGUAUCACAUAUUAUAUGUGAACUUAGGAGACAGUAACUGGCCAAUAAACCCUCGUAUGCUAUCUGAAAGCAUCAAAAGUGCUAGUGUCAAGACCCUCGCUAUGUAAAACAUUGCUGCAAAACAUUUCUGCUGCUGCCGGGAAUAUUUUUUAAAGGGCCUCUGAACACUCUUCUUGAACAUAGUAAGAAAACCUUGCCAAUCUGUACAAGAGGCUCCUGCAAAAACAUGAGCCAAAUAAUAUUGCAUUGCAUGCAGCAGGGACUUUACAACCUCGUGUCAAAAAUGGCGAGAAAUCGCUUGCUCUUGCUUCCGCAAUGUUGUCAUGCAGUGUCAUCCCAAGCAGCUGGACCCACCAACAGCUAUUGGCUGAUUUCAUGAUCACGAGAACGUUCUCAUUAACACAUAGUUGCUAAAUUUUAGUUAAAUAAAUGAAACAUAUGUAUGUCUGCAAUCUCAAAAAGCCAGAAAAAAAAUUUUGUGUAACCUUUGCACUGUCAGUCUACACACAACAGUUGCAUGUAGCUGCGUAUGGUGUGUGUGGUCUCCAAGACAGCAGCAGCGUUCUGUGUCGCAUAGUCUACCGCAGUCACCACGGAGCGAUGCAACGAGCCCUAUCACUGCCGUGACACUCAACUUUUGGGCAAGGCUUUGCCUCCUUGGCUUCUCUCCUGUGUAGCUUUUAGCACGGUAGCAAAGAGGAAAAGAGGGAGCUGCAUUUCGAUGUGAUAAUUCCACUUAUACUUGGAAAGAUUCGAAAAAGUUGACACCCUUUAAUACUCAGGCCAUUUGAUGAUUAAUCAGUUUAGAAAAGUGUUUCAGGGCCCCUUUAAAAUGCAUUGCUUUACAAGCCAUAGUCAACAACCAGUGGGAUAGGGGGAUGCGCCCCAAAAGCUAGGGUCCUGACAUUAACUCCAAGACGAAGUUAAAUGUUGAGUUUAACAUCACACAAGUCUAAAGUUUUGCAUUUUCUCACUAUGUGCAAAACUCAGCUUCUUUACACGGACAGCUUGCCAAAAAUUUCUUUCACUUCUAUGUAUCGCACACUUUCCCAAUGGAUGAUCAUGAUCAUUGGGAAACGUCUAAAAUGGUCCCAGAGGAUUUCUUUGAGUCAUUCGUUGUUGCCCCAGGUUCAAAGCACUGAUCUGCAUUACAGCUGACACUUCCACCAGCGAUGGCAUAGUUUAAAUAGUUGGAGCCAAAUGAUUUGAUUUGUGUGCAGGUUUUUGUGUCAUCUGUGGAAUUGAGCUUGUUCUAGCAAAUGGGGUUUGCCAGUUUUACUGGAAUUGGACACUGCAACACAGUUUGCAUGUGUAUGGAUUCAUCACUUUUAGCCUUCCAAAUCAUUCAGCCAUUAAAUAAUGGCAUGUGGUUGUGCCAAACCAAAAAAAAAUAAAAACAUAAAGAACAAUCCACCCACACAUAGGCUGCGUUAUAUAUUGUGUGUCACCAGUGAUUGUGGUGUACAAGUGGCAACAAUGGACUUGCUGCUUGAACUUUUUGAAUCCUCAACCAGUCUGUGAUGAAAACUAGUGCUUUUGACAAUUUUUCUUAUUGCUUUUUACGAGCAAUAAAGUGUCUUUUCAUAGCUUACUGCA